ACAGAUCUUGACAUCCCUUUGACAGCUGCACAACUUAUCAAAAAAAAUUAGCCUCCACGAAUUAACCAAAUUACUUUUGAUUAAAUAAAUAUUUAACUUAAAAUAAAGAAGAAACCCUCAAAAUGACUACUCGUGUUAAAACUCGUGAACUGAAAACUGGAGAAAUUGUUGCCUACAGUGAAUCGGCAAUUCGAAACAAUGCAGCCGCCGUAGAAUAUUGUCGAACUUCUAUGGCAGCUCUGUCAGGGUGCUCAGCAGGAAUUUUGGGCCUCACUGGCAUCCUAGGCUUCUUGUUGUACUUUGUGGCUGUUCUUGGAUUGUGGUGUUUGCUUCUUUUGAAGUCCGGAACUCAAUGGAAAAAGUAUUUCAUCAAUCGCCAAAGUCUUUUAACCAAUGGUUUCCUGGGAGGACUCUGUACCUAUGUCUUGUUCUGGACAUUUUUAUAUGGCAUGGUUCAUGUUUAUUAGGUUUGAGGCUUAGUUUUAGUUAAUUACGUGCAAAUAUAUACAAAUAUCCAUUUAUAACUAUCAAA